CACACACGUAGAUAAUUUCCAAUUUAUAUUUAAGUACCUUUUGUAACAGUUAAGUUUAGUUUCAACGUGUAGCACAUACCAACAGAAUCCUAUCGAAAAUGGUACUUUCCAUGGACAGAUGGGUGGGCAAAGUUGCCAUAGUUACUGGUGCUAGUUCUGGAAUCGGUGCCGCGGUAGCAGAUGCUCUCGUCGAAAAAGGCUUAAUCGUACUAGGGGUCGCUCGCCGUUCUGAAUGUAUAGAAGAACGUGCCAAACAACUCUCAGACAAGAAAGGAAAACUCCACGCCAUCAAAGCUGACCUAACCAAAGAGGAAGAUAUUUUAACAGUCUUUAAAUGGGCCAAAGAAAAUUUGGGACCCGUUCAUAUUCUAAUCAACAACGCCGGAAUAGUAGCUUAUACAAACUUAACAGAAGGCAAAACUGAAGACUGGAAAACAGUUUUUGAUUUAAACGUCUUGGGACUGAGCAUUGCCACAAGAGAAGCUGUCAAAAUUAUGAAAGAGAACAAAAUCAAUGGCCACAUCGUACACGUCAAUAGCAUUUUGGGGCAUCAAGUGCACAAUUAUCCCGGUCUAAGCGUUUACCCAGCGUCGAAGUUUGCUGUUACCGCUCUAACUGAAACUUUGAGACAAGAAUUCAAUCAUCAAGGACUUAAAAUUAAAAUUACUAGUGUUAGUCCUGGUCUGGUUGAAACUGAAGGGACCACUUUAAAUCCUAGUCUGACUCCGGAGAGGAAAGUUUUUAUGCAAAAGUUGCCAAUUCUGAAAGGUGAAGAUAUUGCUAAUGGUAUUGUUUAUGCCUUAUCUACACCAGAGCAUGUCCAAAUACAUGAGCUUACCAUUAGACCGCUUUGAUAAGUUUUGAUAACAACGAAGUUUUUUUCAAGUACAGAGUUAUUGACUUACUGCACAACAUAUUUGACUUUAAUUUUGAAAACAAAACAGUGUAUUGUAUAAAAAUAAACACAAAAAUAAAUGUC